AUGGGUAAGACCCGUGGUAUCGGAGCGGGGCGUAAGCUCCGGCUGCACCGCCGUGAGCAGAGGUGGGCCGACAAGGACUACAAGCGGUCGCACCAGGGCAAGGAGUGGAAGAAGCCGUUCGCCGGCGCCUCGCACUCGAAGGGUAUCGUGCUGGAGAAGAUCGGUAUCGAGGCCAAGCAGCCCAACUCGGCUAUCCGCAAGGCUGCUCGUGUGCAGCUGAUCAAGAACGGCAAGAAGAUCACCGCCUUCGUCCCGAACGACGGUUGCCUGAACUUCAUCGAGGAGAACGACGAGGUCCUGAUCGCCGGUUUCGGUCGUCGCGGCCACGCUGUCGGUGACAUUCCCGGUGUUCGUUUCAAGGUGGUGAAGGUGUCGGGUGUGGCUCUGCUGGCGCUGUUCAAGGGCAAGAAGGAGAAGCCUAGGACUUAG